AUGGAAAUUGAACCUGAGAGAAUGGAAGAAAUCCCCAUCCCUCCCAGGAUCCCGGUGAACCCGGCAGAGGUAAUACACCUCACUGUUUCCAGGAUUUUUGAGGAUCCUGAUGAGUUUCUGGAGAGUAAUGAUCUGUUGGAGGACACAGAUGCCACCUCCAGACCAACAUGUGCUGCUAAAGAUGUGGACAUCUUCACCUCUGUGUGGUCUUCUGCACAGUCAGACAUCUCUGCAUCCACAUUUGACACCCUACCAGAGGAGAGCAGGAGUCUGUCCUUCAUAAGCUCAGAUGUAGAGGAGGUGAGUGAAUACUACAUUAUCCACACACACCUUGAUACACAGGAUAGGAGAGAACAACAAGGUCAUUUUUAAGGGUUAACACACUUUAACAAGAAAAUUUUACAUCUGGGCAAGAUGACUAAACAUUUUGCAGAGGAAGUGGUUUAUCAGAAUGAACACUAACAGCAUUAUGCUGUUUAUUUUCUCACAUACAGAAACAAAUGGACAAACUAAAUCAACAAAGUGUGGAGCAGAAAAUGAGACUUUUAUUGUUACCUCGGGUCCACAGGAACCAAAAAAUCUCAACAGAAGCUUUUAAAGUUGAAAUCUGUUGUAAAAAUAAUACCCCUUUUAAAACACUGGCAGAAAAGGACUUGUUUCCUUUUAACCACAGAAAAACUAGAAACUUACAGAGGCAACAUGCACUUAAGCUAUUUUUCCUUCAAACCUUAACAUCCCCUUCAUUCUGCAAUGAAAGGUGUUUGGUUUAAGAAUAGGAAGUAGGAAACACUUAUAUCUUGAAUACACUCACUGUUUUAAAUGUGCAAUCAGCUUUCUGCCCUCCCACAGCACCUAAAGAUAGAAACCUCUGAAAAUAUCUCCCCAGAUAUCUCCACAUGUAUUAACACAUUUCUUGCCUUGUGCAGCUAUUUUCUCUUCCACACUCCUACUUAUUCUUUUCAUGAAUCUGUGGCUUUACUGCCCUUUUACUAUAUCUAUUUUCAAUCACAGCUUCUAUCAAAAAGGACUCCUCAGCACCCCCUUUAUAUUUUCCCUGCUCCCCUUUCUAAAUAUUCUAACACUGUAUUAUGUGAGAUGUUCAUCUCUUUCAUCAAUGUGGAGUAUGUUCCAAUCACAAAGUCUUUCUGUAGGGUUUUGUCUGUCUGCCUCAGUAGCGUGGAAGCCUGUAUUUCUGAGUUUCUGUUUAAUGUUGUUUUAUUUAUGUGGAGGUUUUUCUGAAGUGCUGUCCUCCACCAACAUAGUCGGGUCACGAAGUAAGAUUCUGUGACCAUACUCUGGCAAGGAUGUUUUGAUGAUUAAUUUGACCUCUAUGGACCCUUUAGAAAAGAUUUAGCCCCCAGGUCCCUCGCAAAAAUCUUGGCAUUUUUUGGUAGACAGCUAAAUUCAAGAUUUUUUUUUUGGCUUGUUCCAGUUUAUUAGAAUUGAAUAGGGUCAACUUACAUGCUUCAUGGACACAUUUUCCAACCGGACCUUGCUCCCAAUCGACAGUUGUAUAAACAUGUCCAAACUUGUCAAGGCCACUCCAUAACAGUGCCCUUUGUUUUAUGUUUUCCCAGUAGUUUGAGUGCAAUAUUCACUGGCCUUUAUGUUGUUAAGUUAAGCUUUCUCUGUACUUGAUCAUUGGUUGGUGGGGUACCCCCAGAUGACAGUGAAAUGAUAAUGUUAGGACUUGUAACAUCCUCAAAGAAAAAGAUCAUCACUGCAUCCAAAGUUAUCAACAAACAAUGCUAAACCAUUGGCCAAAUUGUCAAAUGAUAUAAGAAAAAGGCAGAAAUUGUGAAAAUAGCCGAUAUACUAGCUCAUACGCCUCCCAAUACAAGGUGUUACGGGCUUGUAGAUCUGCUAUUUUCACAAUGUCUAUAUGUGGAACAGAGUCAAACAAAUUGGGGGUUACCCAGUUCAAAUAUGAUUGUUUUGGGGGGUCAAGUCCUGAAAAGGUUGGGAAUCACAGUACUAGAUGGCAGCCAUCUUGAAUAUCGCAGUCAAAACGAAGUUGUAUGAUUAAAACUGUCAGAUUUGGAAUCCUCAUGCUUCAUACAUGAUUCUAGGUCAUCCAGAUCAAAAGUUAAUUUUUAGAGAUGGCGCCGGCCGCCAUCUUGAUUUUAGCUGUCUACCAAAAAAUGCCAGGAUUUUUGCGAGGGACCUGGGGGCUAAAUCUUUUCUUAAGGGUCCAUAGAGGUCAAAUCAAUCAUCAAAACAUCCUUGCCAGAGUAUGGUCACAGAAUCUUACUUCGUGACCCGACUAACACAGACUGAUACUGUCAAAAUGGUACAGAACAGGCAGAUGUUGGUGUGUGAUUGUUCAUUCACCGGUAAUGUGUUUAUACACUCUUAAACUGCUGGUGUAACAGAUCAGGAAGUUUAUCCUGCAUAAAAAAAUAUUUUCUUUCUAAUAUUUUAUUCUUUUUCAUUAUUUUGGAGGUUUUCUUUGGUGUAUUGAGGGUUAAUUUUGCAAAAAUUUUCAGUUUCGGUAGCGUGUUCAUAAUUUGCACAUAUAAAAGUUACAAGCUUGAUUUAACUGUAAAAAUAGUUUGGUAGUUUUAUAUAUAUGUGUAAAAGAGAUGGAGUUUGUGACUUUUUCUUUAAUACUUGGGCUGUAAAUCAGAGAGAGAGCUAGCUUAAAACGUGGUUGUUUUGUGUGUGUACAUGUGGCUGUGGGCUUUUGCCGUUAAUACAUCCCCUGUGAGAACAUUUGAGUAUUUCUUUUUCUCAUGUAAGCUGUGUUGUAGAGAUAGGACCCGGUUGACAGCAUUUUUGCUCUCUCUGAAUUUAUUCAGGUAUGUUUCUCUUGCUGUGCAUCUGUUACUGUCCAUGAAGAGUUCAUUUGUUAUUCACUGUUGUGAAAUGUGGAUUCAAUGUUAAAAAAACGCAAUGGAUAUGAAACUAUGCAGACAUUCUCUUUCAUGUUGUUUUUAUAUACAAGGAAAUAUGUGGGCUUUUUUCAUAUAUCUCUGUGUUAUUCUAGACUAUGCCUAAACCAAAUAUUCAUCCAGAAUGGAUAUUAAGUUAUUGUUGCUGUAUUCAUUUAUUUAUUUUUUAGUUAACUUUUCUGUCAGUCUGCUUAGAGAUCAACUGAGAGAGGAGUGUUGUGAAGAUAAGAACCCAUUGACUGCAUUUUUGCUAUGCUAUGAGACCAGACUGUGUCCUUGUUUUCUGGAGCAUCUGAACACAACGCAGGUUAGCUGGAGUGGGCAGACCCAGACCGGCUACACUAGGUUAAAAGGAACUCAAAUUGGGUGAAAAUGCUAACCCAGCGCUGGGUCCAAAAGGGACUGAUCCAAGGCUGGGUGGUUGAGAUCCAGCACGCUGUGUAAAUAUGUCCGACAUUUAUGAGUUAAAGCUGCAGAGAAAUGGGUUAUCAGUAACGCUGUGGUUUAAAAUUUUCCUUUUUCAUGAAUAUGUUUUCUAAGAAUGUUACAUUUAAUUUACUACCCUUUAGCUUCAGUAGAAGUGAUUUCAUAUAAAUUCCUAUUAAAUGAUGAAAGAACAAAUUACUAUUACAAACAUUAUUUUAUUGGUCAUGUAAAUGCAACUUUCACUACGUAGCACAGUGCAAACAGUAUUUUACAAACAGGGAGAUAACAGACAUUGUAUACACACACACACACACAAACAAAAACACACACACACACACAUACACUCACCGGCCACUUUAUUAGGUACACCUGUCCAACUGCUCGUUAACACUUAAUUUCUAAUCAGCCAAUCACAUGGCGGCAACUUAGUGCAUUUAGGCAUGUAGACAUGGUCAAGACAAUCUCCUGCAGUUCAAACCGAGCAUCAGUAUGGGGAAGAAAGGUGAUUUGAGUGACUUUGAACGUGGCAUAGUUGUUGGUGCCAGAAGGGCUGGUCUGAGUAUUUCAGAAACUGCUGAUCUACUGGGAUUUUCACGCACAACCAUCUCUAGGGUUUACAGAGAAUGGUCCGAAAAAGAAAAAAUAUCCAGUGAGCGGCAGUUCUGUGGGCGGAAAUGCCUUGUUGAUGCCAGAGGUCAGAGGAGAAUGGCCAGACUGGUUCGAGCUGAUAGAAAGGCAACAGUGACUCAAAUAACCACCCGUUACAACCAAGGUAGGCAGAAGAGCAUCUCUGAACGCACAGUACGUCGAACUUUGAGGCAGAUGGGCUACAGCAGCAGAAGACCACACCGGGUGCCACUCCUUUCAGCUAAGAACAGGAAACUGAGGCUACAAUUUGCACAAGCUCAUCGAAAUUGGACAAUAGAAGAUUGGAAAAACGUUGCCAUGUCUGAUGAGUCUCGAUUUCUGCUGCGACAUUCGGAUGGUAGGGUCAGAAUUUGGCGUCAACAACAUGAAAGCAUGGAUCCAUCCUGCCUUGUAUCAACGGUUCAGGCUGGUGGUGGUGGUGUCAUGGUGUGGGGAAUAUUUUCUUGGCACUCUUUGGGCCCCUUGGUACCAAUUGAGCAUCGUUGCAACGCCACAGCCUACCUGAGUAUUGUUGCUGACCAUGUCCAUCCCUUUAUGACCACAAUGUACCCAACUUCUGAUGGCUACUUUCAGCAGGAUAAUGCGCCAUGUCAUAAAGCUGGAAUCAUCUCAGACUGGUUUCUUGAACAUGACAAUGAGUUCACUGUACUCAAAUGGCCUCCACAGUCACCAGAUCUCAAUCCAAUAGAGCAUCUUUGGUAUGUGGUGGAACGGGAGAUUCGCAUCAUGGAUGUGCAGCCGACAAAUCUGCGGCAUGUAAUGCCAUCAUGUCAAUAUGGACCAAGCUCUCUGAGGAAUGCUUCCAGCACCUUGCUGAAUCUAUGCCACGAAGAAUUGAGGUAGUUCUGAAGGCAAAAGGGGGUCCAACCCGUUACUAGCAUGGUGUACCUAAUAAAGUGGCCGGUGAGUGUAUAUAUAUAUAUAUAUAUAUAUAUACAUUAAAUAUAUAUAUUGUGAUGGCCGCAGGCCUGAGGGUCUGUGUUUUUUUUCUUUUCCUGCCUCUGUUUGCCCUCUUCCAGAUACACCUGGCUGGAAUGCCUGCCCCUCCCCUCCCAUCAGGGAUUGCCUUCCCCUGUGUGGAGUUCUUUAAAAGCUGGGGGAAGUCAAAAUGGCUCUCUCUCUCCCUCCAGGAAGGCUGGGUUGAGCCAGGCACCCACCUUGUUUUUUUUGUUUGGCUUUUGACUUUGUGGAGUUAUCCUUGGUUUCCUUAGACAUAGAUUUUGUUUGCACACAGCUUCUCACAGCACCUUCCCUCACCUCACUACUGAUUGCUGACUUAACCAUUAGUUUGUUCUUUGUUGGUUCCUUUAAUAAAUUGCCUUAUUUAAAAGCUGUUACUAUGUCGACCAAAAAAUGUCACAAUGGCGUUAUCACGAUAUCAACAAAAAUUGAAAUAAUAAUGGGACAAUCAAACAAAUUUGUCUUAACUUUAUUGAUGUUGUUGUCUCAUUUUAUUGGCAGAUGAAUUACUCUCAAAAUAUCUGUCUAAGGAGGUACUGAGACAAUAUGAAAACCGUAACUAUACAACUGCAUACAAAAAGUGCAAUUACACUCAACAGCAAGUUAAAAAGUAACCAGGUGAACUGAUAAACAUGAAAUAAUCCACAAGGUGUAACUUCUGCUACAACUGGAAUAUUAACUGAAACAUAAACAGUGGUGGAUAACAGGGGACACAGCAUUUGUGUGCAACGGAAGAAUCUGUUUCCAUUCUCUGCCUAUGGCAGUUUUUUAUGAGGGAAAACAAGCAUAUUAAGUUCAUCAGGUUUUAAGCUUAUUAUAAAGUUAUUUAAAAUUUUUGGAGUCACAAACUGUUGCAGUCCAUUUUUGGACUUUUCACAAAAAUACGAUUUGUUAUUGUCUCAAUCACUAAUUAAAAGAUGCAUAUUUCGGACAGAAAACAGCUGAUAUAAGGUUAGUAUAGCAUCUGCCGACUACACUAAAACUUUACAAUAAAACUCUUUGAUGUUAGUUGCUUGUUUAACUCUCGAUGAUAUAUGUGAAAUGAUACAGUGGGCUUGAAUGCAACAGAGCACCGUAGAAAAAGUUACAUGUAAUCAAUCAUCAUAGGUUUGCGUUUUCCGCGUUGGAAUAAAGUCAUAUCAGUAAAAUAUCUGGGCUGAUAAAACAUCUAAUCUCACGGUCUAUUCAACAUAAAUGACACAAAAAGAUAUAAUUACUUUUAGAUCAUUACUCAUCACUGUUUAGCCCCCAAAAUAAGAAUUGUAUGGGUUUUAAACUGUACAUUUCUGUGGACUACUCUACUAAUUUAACAACUUGAAGCAGUUCUGCAGCAAUGGUGGUUGAUCACGCCUUGAAAGUUGGUGCUACCAAUUUCUACAGGUGUCCCAACUUUUCUUGAUCACUUACAACCCCCUCUGUCCACAUGAAAGUAGUAUUAGAACACACUGUGGUACCAUACCAUUGUGAGCAUUGUUUGAACAGUAGUGUACUGCAGAAAGUACAGAAGAGAAGAGAGACAGACCAUCAUAACACUUCAAAAUGUAGGUCUUUCCCACAAAGAAAUUGCCAAGAAAGUCAAGGUGUCAGUGAGUACAGUCUUCUUUACCGUCAAAAGGCACUCAGAAACAAGGGGAAAUGCUGACAGGCAGAGGUCUGGCAGACCCUAAGCCACAACAGCAUGAGAAGACAAGUUUCUGAGGGUCCAAGGCUUGCAUGAUGGGUGGCUCACAGGACAACAGCUUCAAGCACAGCGUAAUACUGGCCACAGUUAGCAAGUCUCAGUUUCAACUGUUAAGAGAAGACUUCAAGUUGCAGGUUUGAUGGGUCUAGUUGCAGCAAGAAAGCCAUUGCUGAGACUUCAGAAUAAGAAAAGUGGCUUGCCCAGGCCAUGAAACACAGCAAAUGGACUACUGAAGACUGGAGGAAGGUGUUAAGGACUGAUGAAUCAAAAUUUGAAAUCUUCGGUUCAUCACACAAGAUUUUUGUACGCCGUCGAGUAGGCGAAAGGAUGGUUCCUCAGUGUGUGACAUCAACUGUAAAACAUGGAGGAGAAAGUGUGAUGGUGUGCAGCGCCAUGCAGUACCCUCUGGGAUGCGCCUAGUUGGUCAGGGUUUAUCCUACUUUAAGAUAAUGACCCAAAACACAAGUCCAAGCUAUGCCAGAACUACCUAAAGAAAAUGUAUGUACUUCCUAAUGGAUUUUCAACCACAAGUAAGAUUUAGUAAAGCUCACAUAUACAUUGUCAACUGGAAACUCCCCUGUUUGUAUAUUCUGAACCAUGUGCUCUCUACCAAUAAUCAUUUUUAUUAAUCAGAGGUCUGUGCUUAAUAUGAGUGACCACUUUGAUGAUGCAUUCAGAGAUGAGAAGAUGCUCAAACUUGUUGUAAUAAAUACAUUUUUAAUAGACAAUAAAUAAAGUCAAUUCAUACGAAUAGUUAAAAACAUUACCUACAAUCCUAAUUUAAAAUACAAAUAAAUCUGGUAAAAAGAUCAAAAUAUGAUAAAAAUUGUGUAAUGUAUACUGACUAAAUAUUGUUUAUCUAUUUAUAUAUAUAUUAUUAUUAUUGCAAUCACAUGCCAUCUAUUUCUUUUCAGCCUCCGGGAAAAAGGGCCAUAUUGCCAGCUGAAGUGCGCAAUGCAUUGUGGGGCAGAAGCAGUACGUGAAGCAAGCUCAGCUCCAUACUCAGAAAUCGAAGCCGAUUGAGUAUACAUCCGGGCAUUUCUCGCAUACACAGAAUUCGCAUACUGUACAGUGUGAACGCACUGCCUACUCAAUUCAGAGGCGGGGUUAGUAGGAGUAGUAUGAGUAGUAGGCCAUUUCGGACACAGCCAAAGUCAGCUGUCAGAGAAGGACCAGGGCAGACAAAGGAAGAGGCUUUUAAAGAUGACUCCCCUUUCACGAGCCAGGUGAAGGGUAGCCAGCUUCCAAUCAGAUCCACUCCACACAUCACAUGGAAGGGCAGAGCAAGGGGCAGCCAUCUUGUUCCCCGACUUCCUAAUGAAGGAAGAGGGAGGAGAAAGACAGAGAGAGGGAGACCAGACAGGAGGCUCUUCUGAGCCAGCCACACGCAUAACUAUAUAUGUAUAUACAUAUGUAUAUAUUUAUAUAUACACUACUUGCCAAAAGUUUGGCAGCAAGGCUAUAACAGGCUGAACAGUUGGGAGUAACUUCAAGUUUUUGUUCACAAUGCUUUUUUUUAAAUCCAGUAUGAGUUUUAUGUAUUUUGGGAUGUAUUUACUCCAUGAUCAGCUGUUGCUUUCAUGGAAAUGCACCAUUUUACUCCAUUUACCUUUAGAUAUACAUUGACGUUAACAGACCAUUGCUAAAUAUAUGUCAGCAAAAAAAAUAAAGGCUUAGUUUUAGGGUUGAAAACAUUUGCAAGAGUCACAACUUCAGUGCAAAAGCAAAAAAACAAAUCACAGUUGGAUUAUUCACUUUAACUUUUUGGCUUUUGAGAGUCUGCAGAUAAAAUCUUAAUAAAUCUCAACUGCGUUCCAACUACCGCAAAAAUGGCUAGAAAGAAGCAUCUGAGUAAAGAAACAAAAGUACUGAUUUGUACAUUGACGAAAGAAGGAUACACUGAAAGAGAAAUUGCAAAACACCUAAAGGUGUUUAACAAAGGAGUCCACUACACUCUGAAGAGACUAGAGGAACCUGGAAGUUAUGAUGAUAGAAAAAGACCUGGAAGAAAGAGAGUUACUACAAAAGCAGAGGAUAAACAUAGCACUGUCACCAGUAAGAGUCACUGGCAAAAAACAGCACCACAAAUAAAGGAGGAAAUCAACAUGACAAGGUCGAAACCCAUAUCUCUGACUUAUGAUGACGAGAAACAAGUUUGAACUGUUUGGUUCAAAACGAAGAGUCUAUGUCCGCAGACAAACUGGUGAACGUCUGAAAGCACCAUGUGUUACACCCACAAUUCAGCUUGGAGGUGGUAGUUCCAUGGUAUGGGGAUGUUUUGCGGGUGAUGGAGGAGGAGAUUUGUUUGAAGUAAUAGGUAUCAUGAAGAAGGGACAGUACCACUCCAUCCUCCAGCACCAUGCUGUUCUAUCUGGAUUCAGACUUGUGGCUCAUAAGUUUGUUUUGCAGCAAGACAAUGACCCUAAGCAUUCUGCCAAGCUCUUUCAGGGGUACCUAGACAAAAAAGAAGAGGAAGGUGUUCUUCAAAAUAUGGUUUGGCCCCCUCAGUCUCCAGACCUUUCUCCAGUUGAGCUUGUGCGGGAUGAAUUGGAUCAAUCGGUCAGAAAAACAUGUCCCACGAAUCAGCAGUCUCUUUUUAAUGAACUUAAGAAAGCUUGGAAUGCAAUCCACUUUCAAGAAAGCGAAGUCUAAGCAACAAUGACUCAAAUACCUAAUAAUUAUAGUCAAAAUGUCUUCUGAUAAGUUACUCUUUACACAAUAGUCAUGUUUAUUGUGUUGCAAAUUAUAUAUAUGAAACUAUGAUCUUUUUUUGUACAAAUCUGAUCUUGCUUCCAAACUUUUGGCCUGUAGUGUGUGUGUGUGUAUAUAUAUAUAUAUAUAUAUAUAUAUAUAUAUAUUUGUGUGUGUAUGUGUGUGUGUGUAUGCAUCUCACAGUCGCCGGCACCAGAGUGACUAAGGAACGGCAGAAAAGACAUUAUGCCUCAAAAAUCAGGCAGCCAAAAACACAAAGACAGGCAGGACAAGGGAGGAGAAGGAACUAAAGGGUCAACAGUAUUUCAGGAGGAAAGGUGGGUUCAUGAGUGGUUCAUGUAGUGGAAAGCUAUGUAAUAUUAACUUUGUUCUUGUUUGUGGUUUGUAAGCCAGCACACUUUUCUCCCCAUGUCAGCUCAAGAAAACUCUUAAUAAGUGUGUUUCGCUGUUGUUUUAGUUAAAUAAGUAAUGCAGUCUAAUGUUUAGCACACUGGUUAUAUAUUUAAUCAGUUGAUCUCCCCUCAGUCAAAACAAUGCCUCGUUCUGAACAGUCAAGUGCACCAGAAGCAGCUGUCUGUCUUUCAGUCUCCAACUCCACCAGCUCCUCACCCAGCCCCAGUGCCCCCACAUGAGGAAGGAGGUGAGCAGCUGUGUGUGUUGGAUUAAUUAAAAUGAUUUUCUUUAUCACAGUCUCAAAACAAUACACACAAACAAUGAAUCUGUUAUGAGGGAAAAUGUUAAAAUAAAAAUAAUUCUGAACAAUUUUAAUGGUUUAAAAUGCAUAACUGUUUUUAUUUUGUUAAAAUUCAUCUACCAUUGAAAAAGAAUAAAUGUAAUAGUAACAGAAGAAAAAAUAUGUUGUGUGUGCAGCUGACUGGGGUGACUGCUCUCAAUCCAAUAAGAAAAGUUUACAUGUUCAGUGGGGGAAUGCUUGUGAGAAUCUAUUACAAGUAGUUAUAUUAUAGGAAACACAAGAUAAUUUAUUCAUGUCAUGUACGCUCUACAUAUACACCUGCUCUCUGGAAAACAUCUUGCAUUGUGCCAGUACCAAAAACAAAAUGUCCUGCUGAACUCAAUGACUACAGACCAGUGGCGCUCACUUCACAUAUCAUGAAAACCCUGGAGCGGCUGAUUCUACGCCUUCUGAGGUCUGAGGUCAAAGACAAACUGGACUCCCUGCAGUUUGCAUACAAAGAACACAUUGGAGUGGAUGAUGCUGUCCUCUACAUGCUUCACCGUGCCCUGUCUCAUCUGGAGGAACCUGGGGUUUAUGUGAGGAUCAUGUUCUUAAACUUUUCAAGUGCAUUCAACAUCAUCCAACCCACCAUACUCAAAGACAAGCUCACAGAGAUGGGAGUGGAUCCUUCCUGUGUUUCCAGGAUCAGAGAUUACCUGACAGGACUGCCACAGUUUGUCAGGCUGGGGAACUAUGUUGCUGUGACAUUAAUCAGCAGUACAGGGGCUCCACAAGGGACAGUGCUGGCACCAUUCCUGUUCACACUGUACACGUCAGACUUCAAAUGAGUCCUGACACAUCCGGAAAUACUCAGAUGACACUGCUAUCAUGGCAUGUAUCAGAAAUGAACAAGAAGCUGAAUACAGAGAUCUGAUAAGAGCCUUCAGUGACUGGAGUCACAAAAACUGCCUCCUCCUCAACACCUCAGAGACAAAGGAGAUGGUCAUAGACUUCCGUAGAUCCAAACCCCCUCUUCAGCCAGUGAACACCUGUGGAGUGGACAUUAAAGUGGUGACAUUAUAUAAAUAUCUAGGUGUACAUCUGGAUAAUAAGUUGUACUGGUCUAAGAUAAAGACUUCAUCCAAGGAAAGGGGCAGAGCCGCCUCUUUUGCCUGUGAAGAGUCCAAUCAAAAGACAUCUGUAGUAAGAUGCUGCAGAUGUUUUAUAAGUCUGUGGUGGCAAGUGUGCUGUUCUACGCUGCAGUCUGCUGGGGAGGAAGCAUCAAACACAAAGAUGCAAGACGUCUAACAAACUGGUGGAAAAGGCUGGCUCUGUGGUUGGAUUCAAGCUGGACUCAGUGGAGGAUGUAGUGGAGAGAUCUACACUGAAGAAGGUGGAGACUAUUCUCAAGAACAUGGAUCACCCACUUCACAACACCUUAAUGGACCAAAGGGCCAAUAGUGAUGGACGGCUCCUCUCUUUUCGCUGCAGGACAAAAUAUUCAGAAGAUCUUGUUCUCACACCCAUCAGACUGUACAACUCUUCUGUAAAUAGUAGAUGACUUUUAGUUUAGACAUGACAAGUGAGGCGACAGACAAUUGAAUUUCCUUUCAAGAAUUCAUAAAAUUCCUCUUAUUAUUCUUAUUCUUAUUCUCUACAGAGCCAGGUCUAGGACCCUCUACUGGUUUGUCAAUGAGGAAUGUGGAGGAAGAGAUGGAAGAGGGUACAGAUGAAAGUAAGAGUGCAGAAACACAGGCGGCAGAUAGUGAGGACGAAGAUGUUGAAAGAAAUUAAGAUGUGGAGGAUGGACUAAAUGAGUAUAACUAUAUGUGUGUUACUGUCACGACCCAGCUCAAAGGUCAGACAGAAAAAAGGGGGGAGGACACGAUCAACUCAAAGUAUAAUGAUUUUUUUACAAAAGAAUAAUUUUACCAAACAAAUUUUUACAAAAAAUGGAUGAGGUGUGUGCAUCAGUAAGUCAGUGUGUCUGUUUUUGGAUGAGUGAAAGAUGUGUGUGUGUAUGUGCAGCAUGUUGUAGGGUGCAGAACCAGAAUCCAAAGGAGGCCAAAGCCAACCAAACAAAAACUCUGCUGCCACGGAGCAAUCUGCAAGCUUGCUCACAGUCACUCAUUCCCUCUCGUGUUCUGCCCUCAGGCCUCAGGUCUGACAUGAGUGCCGUGGUAAAAGGUAUCGAAAUGGGUUUUGUACCAUCACCCCUACUCUGUAUCCAUGUAGUCUCUGGCAUAGGGACUGGUUUCUUCAAUGUAGGUGUGCGUACCGAGUUCCCUAUCAGUGGUAUUGAUUUUAUUAUGGGCAACGAUAUUGCAGGAGGUAAAGUUCAUCCUGUUCCUCAAGUGGUCAACAUUCCUCUCCAUGAGUCUCACAAUGAUGAUGUUGUUGCAGGUCACCCAGAUGUGUUUUGCUAGCGUGCUAACCCAAGCUCAAACUCACAAGCAACCAGAAGAGGUCAACCCGGCUGACUCACAAUUAGCUUCUGUUUUUUCUGAAGAUGCUCUAUCACCCAACAGUGGUGCUGUAAGUAGUGGCAUCCCAGAGCCUGAGCUCAAGCCUGAGACCAGCUUUACAGUACCUCUGACACAUGAGACCCUCAUCAGAGCUCAGGAAAGUGACCCGUUGGCAGCCAAGUGCUGGGCUGCUGUUGUUGAAAGGUCCAAAUGUAGUGAAAGCAGCCAUUCUUUGUUGAUAAUGGUGUGUUGAUGCAACAGCGGGUCACUCCUUCACAUUGUGUAGCCAGUGUGCCAGAGGAUCAUUCUGGGGUGGUGUAUCAGAUAGUGGUUCCAGUUAGCUAUCAUCAGCAUUAGUGUUAGGGCAUGAGCAUGUUUGGGCAGGCCAUCUGGGCAUAACUAAAACUUACAACAGCAUUCUCAAACAUUUCUUUUGGCAUGGAAUGAGAUCAGGGUUAGCAUGUUUCUGUAGAACUUGCCUGACCUGUCAGAUUGUGGGGAAACCAAACCAGCCUGUCCCUCCAGCCCCCCCUUCAACAUAUCCCUGCCAUGGGGGAACCUUUUGAAUAUGUGCUGGUUGACUGUGUAGACCCACUCCCUUGAACUAAGGCUGGAAACCAAAUUUUGCUCACUGUGGAGAACUUCUGGUGGUCAGAGCGCUCUAAUGAGUGGUACCCCGAAGUUUGAGAAAAACUCACACUCCUCUCCCAGCAUCAGAAUAUGUGGAGAAUCUGCAGGUGCCCUUGAAAGGUAAUGAUAUGAAUGUCUUGUUUAACAUUAAAAUGUUAAACAAGACAUUUAUAUCAUUAAUUCAAAAAGGUUAGAUUUUGAACAAUUUUUCAGUGGAUCCAUAGUGGUCUAUUCAAACUAUAGCAGGUGACAAAAUAGGUGUUGUAGAAUGCUACAAAUGGCAGAAAGAGGAUUAUGUGGGGGAAAAGCUCUGUUUUAUAGAAGUAAAGGGUGAAUGGACAAAAUAUAUGGCCACAUGUCAAAUGACUAAAUCACAAAAAAAAUAAAUAAAUAAAUAAAUCAAUAAUAAUUAUAAUUAUUACCUGCCAUCUCUAAGUAGGUGUCAGCAGGCUACUUUCUUACCUAUGCAAAUAAUGUUCUGUGAGAACACAGGAUUCCAGUUUACAUUUAAUUUGCCUGAGGCCUCUGGAUGUAAGAGAGAAAUCUUGAGAAAUCUAAGUACAGAAGAAAACAUAGAUACAAGAACAGGUGUUAAUUAAACUAUCAUCAGUGGUUUACAGUUUCUUCAGAGGACGAAACCCAAUCAUGCCUGGAGUGUCCACUAAGCGGGGAAACAGCAAUGAUCUGAGGAAGUGGCACCGUGCCGUUUGAACGGAUCCACUGUGCCCUGUGGAUAACAGUUUCAAGCAUGUACUGUGCAACCUGAGAUUGUGGCCAGAUAUUAUUUUUCAGUCACUCUGUCAUUUGGAUGGCCCGCUCUCCAGAUAUCGGGGACUCUUCAAUAUGUCGGAAAUCAGUAAAUCAGUGGGAGGCUCUGACACAUCUUCACCAAUUUCAAAGGUGCAUGGAAAAGAAAAGAAUCUUAAAGAAAACAGAAAUCUCCAGCAACACUUCAAGUUUACUAAACACAUUUCCACAUGAAGCUUUUAUCAAAUAUAUAUAUACAGUAUAUAUACUGUAUAUGUAUAGACGUAAGUACAUAAAUAUAGACGUAAGUACAUAAAUAUAGCCAAUCAUGUGGUUUAAGACCAAUGGACACUGCCAGAGAGGCAUAGGGAGUGUCGAGUGGGAAACAGACAACACAUUUUUGUUGAAACAAUACAAGGAAAUGACCACUGGUGGGGUUAAAGUGCAUUCUGUGGUCAAGUGCUAUCUGCAGGUUAGGUAAAAUAUUUCAUAAAAACAAUUUGUAAAAGCCAUAUAGCUUUAAACAUGUAGCCUGAUAAAAAGCUACAUGAUAAAAUACAUUGGUCUUAUAAAGUUGUUGUGUCGGAGCUUUGGAAGUCCGAGCCACACCAUAUAAAGUUCCUAAUCCAGUCAGCCUAUGACGUCCUCCCCAGCCCAUCCAACCUCUUCUGCUGGGGCCUGGCUGAGACUGCAUGCCCACUCUGCAUGAAAAGGGGAUCCCUGGAGCUCAUCCUGAGCAGCUACAGGAGGGCCCUAGGAGAGGGUUGCUACCACUGGUGUCAUGUUCAGGUGCUGAGGGUCAUCACAGAGGUCAUCUGCUCAGGGUUCAUCAAGCACCAGCAAAGAACACCAUAGCUUUUGUCAAGGCUGGAGAGACGGUGCACCACUCCUCAAGAACAACAGGAGGGCUUCUAACAACAGCCCGGGAAUGGCAGCUGAGGGUGGAAAUCUCAAAUUUCCAACUUCCAUCGCUGAGACCUCACUUAGGCCAGAUAUAGGGCUGGUGUCAGAAACAUCCAGACAGGUGGUAAUGUUGGAGUUGACUGUUCCUUGGGAAGAUCGGAUGGAGGAGGACUUUGAAAGGAAGAGGGCCAAAUAUGAGGAGCUGGCAAGCGAGUGCCGACAGAAUGGUUGGAAGACCUGGGGCCUCAUGUAUCAACGCUGGCGGCGCCAGAAAACCUUGCGUUCGCCAAGAUCGGCGCACACGUCCAGAUUUAUCAUCGCGAAACGAGCGUCGGUUCCAGCGCAAAUCCACGCAAAGUGAGGAGGUGAUGUAGAAGUUGGCGUUGAGCUGAUACUUGCAUUGAUGGCACUUUGGCGACGCUGUGUGGUGGUGUUUGGUGACUCACUAUGUGACAAGCGUGCACCACAUCCCCGUGGCCGAGCAGCACGUUGCCCCACAUGACAAACCAGCAGCAGAUGGAGGGAUGCGAGCUGAUCCCUGCCGGGCCGCCGUCCUCGCGCGGGAGAAUCUCAUCGCCACAAUGUGAAUGGGUAAGAAGUGAAUACACAGUUCAAUGAGCCAAAUUAAUUUAUUUUCUCCACCAGACGCUCGAGGACAUUUACGAGCCGGUCCAGCCGCUCGUUGAUCCCCGCGAUCCCCCUGAUGAUUUCUUCCUGCGAUUGCAGGACCGCAUCCGUGAGGACCCUUCCACUUUGUCCAGGUGGGUGCUCCACCGCUUGUCAGCGCGCUGGUGCUGGGGCCGGGGUGGCCCGACUGCCGCUGGUCCUGGCCGACGACUCCGAGCCGGCGGACGGGCUGCCACGGGCCGGGGUUCCGCAAGCCGGCGACAUGGCCGACACAUUGAUUUCUGUGACACAAUAAAAAUAUUGGUUCAUUUCAAUUCCUGCUUCUGUGUAUCUGUUGCGUUUACAUCUAUGGCAAAGCAUGUGGACAUUUGUGUGACACGCCACUUACCCUCCGGCAGGCUGUCUGAGUCGCUGCGGGUAGCGGCUACAACCCCCCCUGCCAGACACACACACACAGAGGUGCCCGCAUAAUCGCCACCCCCCUGCUGCUCAAAGGGCAUGAGGGUCUCCUCCCCCGGAGGCCCACCUGUCUGGCCGGUACUCCUCCGGAGAGCAGCUGUACGCCACUUGACCUCCACCCUGAGGUCCGACCACUUUUUUUAAAUCUCCGCGGGGGUGCGUGUCUCGGAACCCACCGCGUUCACCCUCUCGCAAACUUUCUCCCACUCCAAGCGUUUUCGUUUUGCACUGACGCCACUGGACAGGCUGCCAAAGAAAACACGCUGUCGCUCCUCCACCUCGCACGCCGUAAAUUUAGUUUUUCUUGUCAUUUUGUCUGCGUGCGUGGACAGGGAGACCCAAUUUAAGUAAAUCUGCAUAUUUAUAGUUGGGCGUAACGGGGGCGGGCUCGGUCACUCCGACAUCUGCGCUCAAUUCCAAGCUGGUUGGGAUUUAUCAAGGAAACACACGUGGCUUUUGGCGCCCGCACACCUUUAUACAUACGAAUUUUUUUCAGCGUGACGGACCUUGCGUGUGCUCGUUUCUGGUAUGAGUCCCACGCAAGUGUUGAUACAUGAGGCCCCUGGUGUGACCCCGUUGAGGUGGGGUGUAGGGGCAUAGUGGGCCAGUCUCUCUGUAGGGCACUGAAGAGGUUUGGAGUAAGAGGGCUGCACAGCAGGAGAGCCAUCAAGGCCAACUCAGAUGCCACAAAGAGGGCAUCAAGAUGGCUGUGGAUCAAGCAGGGUGGACCGUGGACCACGAAAGCUACUUAGACAAGUUGGGGAUUGAUUAACCCCAGCUGGGUUGCCCAUGUGAGGGUGUAUGAUGUUGAAGACCCCAAAUACCCAAGGACCCUGGGUUACAUCACUGAUGAUGUGUCUGAGUAUGCAUCGCAAGAUGUCUGAAAGAAGUCCAUAUAGAUUCUCAUUCAUCCAGGUCAUGGCUUUCUUGAUGACUGAAAAAGCAGGCAACUGGACUGUAGGCGAUAAGAGGCGAAACGUCUUCUCAACUCUACUCUUCAAGAAAAUGUCUGAAAGAACAAGUGUUGCUGGAGAUUUCUGUUUUUUUCAAGAAAUCAGGAAAGUCUAAGGGUGCACAACUCAGACACAACUUUAAAGUAUGAAAUUUGAGUUAAAGAAGGCUCUUUGGUGAGCAUGGACAUGUGUUUCAUUCAUUUUAUUAUUUGGACUUAGUUUUGCUCUGGGCGGCUGAUUGUCACCUGUUACCUGUUUCAGAGGCUGCUCCCUUCUCCCCCACAGCACUGAGGCUGAUUGAGCACACCUUCUGCCACUCUGCAAUCAGCUGGCUUUAAAAACUACUGCCAACAGAAACCUCAGUGCCAGAGUACUGUAGUGGUAUGGCCCCUCUGAGCUACAAGAUUGAGUAUAUCUCCUUGAGUAUUUUUUGGUGCUUUUUGGGUAAUUGUGCUAACCCUUGUUGUCUUUCCCUUUUUUCCAGUGCCUCCCUCCAAGCCUCUCAGCAGCCCACCACCCAGCACUCUCUCCUGGAUUCCUUUAAACCUCUGCUACCUUACUAA